CCACAAGCACAUCAAGCAUCUUGAGAGCAUGUUCCGGCCGUCGCUGCUCAGAGCCCGCGCGGCAUGGCGCCCGAGCGGCGUCCGCUUCGCCUCGCAAGAAGCCCACGCGCCGCGUAGCGCUCCGACAGCCGGCGCACAGCAACGGCCGUACCGGGUGGCGGUCCAGGGCGUGCUCCUGUCGCUGCUUCUGACGGCCGGCUUCAGCACCUUGGGCGAAGGCCGUUCGACAGUGGCGCACCUGGACAGCGGCGUCACUCGGAAGAAAGGGGCACGUGCUGUCGGGCUAGAGGAGCUCGCAGCGCAUGCCGGCGGCAAGCAGGGCUCGUGGAUCGUGCUCGACGGCGAGGUGUACGACGUGACAGACUUCCUCACGAAGCAUCCCGGCGGCGCAGGCGUCAUCAGCCAGCGAGCGGGCACGGACUGCACUGAGGUCUUUCAGCCGCUGCACCCGUCCAACGCACUGGACACACUGCCUCCAUCGGCCCACAUCGGCAGCCUGGCCGACGGUGUCGCAGCACCCAUGGCCGCUCCCAUGGGCAGCAAGAAGGUCGCUGCGGGCGAGAGGCCGGAGAUUGGCGCUGUCCUCAAUCUCGACGAGUUUGAGCUCAUCGCGCAAGAACAUCUGAGUGAUCAGGCCUGGGCGUACUACUCUUCAGCGGGCGACGACGAGAUCACCAAAGCGGCAAACCGCGCUGCUUAUGGCCGCGUCUACUUCCGGCCACGCAUCCUGCGCCGCGUGGGCGAGGUCGACCCUACAGUGCCGCUGCUCGGUGCGGAGAACGGCGAGCGCACGCUGCCGUUCUACAUCUCGCCCGCUGCCAUGGCGAAGCUGGGCCACCCGGACGGAGAGCUCAACCUGACCAGGGCCGCUGGACAGGCUGGUGUCGUGCAGGGAAUCUCUGCCAAUGCCAGUGUCAGCCUUGACGAGAUGCUCACAGCGCGGAUAGCGGGCCAGCCUCUGAUGUACCAGCUCUACGUCAACCGCGAUCGUGCGGCAUCAGAGAAGAUUCUGCGGCACGUCGAGGCGAGCGGGGUGAAUGCCGUUAUGCUGACGGUCGAUGCGCCGGUGAUGGGCAAGCGCGAGCGCGACAUGCGCUGCAAGGGCGAGGUCGUCAGCGUGGGCGGCGGCACUGGGACGAGCUCAGAGGCCAAGGGCGUGGCGCAAGCGAUCAGCCAGUACAUUGACGCAGACCUUUCAUGGGACAUCAUCGACUGGUACCAUUCCGUCUGCAAGCUGCCGCUCUUCCUCAAGGGCAUCCAGACGGUGGAGGAUGCCAUCUUGGCCUCAGAGCACGGCGUGCAGGGCAUUGUGCUCUCCAACCACGGCGGUCGCAGCCUCGACUACAGCCCGCCGCCGCUCGACGUGCUCAUUGAGCUGCGAGAGCGGCGCCCGGACCUGCUCGAGUCCAUGCACGUGUACAUCGACGGCGGCGUCAGACGCGGCACGGACGUGCUCAAGGCCCUGGCUCUCGGCGCAAGAGGCGUCGGCCUCGGGCGCCCCUUCCUGUACGCGCAGUCGGGCUACGGCGAGGAAGGCGCCCUGCGCGCCAUCGACAUUCUCAAGGACGAGAUCGAGCGCGGCAUGCGCCUGCUGGGCAUCACCAGCCUCGACGAGUUGGGCCCGCACAUGAUCGACAUCCUGCCGCGCGUCGCUUACGUGCCGCCAGUGCCGUCUCAUGCCUCAUGACGGCCUCGGCACGAGGAAUGGAUGUAGUAUUACUGU